AUGCCUUGUGGGAAAGAUAUGGGUGGCCUGGGUUUUCGAUUAUUGAAGGAAUUCAAUGUAGCCCUUGUUGCUAAGGCAGAGUAUUUAAAGGACAGGGAAGGGAAGAAGCAAUGCAACGCCACUAGGCUCAAAAAAGUAUUAGGCGUUGAAGAUUUUUUCUCUUUGAUGGUGUGGAGAGCAUCUAUGUCAGAGUUCUUGGGCACAGCGGUUCUCGUUUUCGCAAUAGACACCAUUGUUAUUUCCACAAUUGAAAGUGAGACAAAAUUACCAAACCUCAUACUAUCAAUCCUAGUCGCCAUCACAAUCACAAUUCUCCUCCUGGCAACCUAUCCCAUUUCCGGAGGCCACAUUAACCCCUUGGUCACCUUCUCAGCUCUACUCACCGGCCUCAUUUCCAUAUCAAAAGCCUUCAUAUACAUCUUGGCUCAAUGUGCUGGUGGCGUUGUGGGUGCACUAGCACUAAAAGCUGUGGUCAACAACAACAUUGAGAGCACAUUUUCGCUUGGAGGCUGCACUCUGCAUAUUGUUGCACCAGGGCCAAAUGGUCCUACUGUGAUUGGGUUAGAAACUGGGCAGGCCCUUUGGCUAGAGAUAAUAUGUGGGUUCGUGUUUCUUUUUGCGUCAGUGCUGAUGGCCUUUGAUCAUCGUCAAGCCAAGGCCUUGGGUCAUGUCACAAUUUUCACGAUCGUGGGGAUAGUGCUGGGUCUUCUUGUGUAUGUUUCGACUUCAGUGACAACAGCUAAAGGCUAUGCUGGAGCUGGAUUGAAUCCAGCUAGGUGUUUGGGUCCAGCAUUAGUUCGAGGAGGUCAUCUUUGGGAUGGGCAUUGGGUGUUUUGGUUGGGACCUGCUAUUUCUGCCGUUGCAUUUUCUUUGUACAAAAAAAUUAUUCCACCUCAGCUUUCUCACACUGUUUUGUAAGUAAGAGAAUUGAUUCCUUGGGGAGAUAUCUUGUUCUUAGUUAAUUACUUGAAAGUUUGAAUAGUUGUAUUUUCAUUGGAAAAUAAUGUCAGCAAGUAUGAUUAUAUGUUCUUCGAAGAAUUGUUUGUGUUCAAGUAUGCUUGGUGUAAUGACUUCG